AUGGAGGAGUUUAUUGCAGGUAAUUUAGUACUCCCCUUUUACUAUUGUUCAGAUAGAAUAUUUACAUCAUGUAUAUUCACAAGUGAUAGAGGGGGGGGAUUAAGAUUAUGUUAUCAUACUUUUAAGACAAAUAACUUACAGGAAAGAAAGGGAACAGCUAUUUUAUCUCAUGGUUAUUCAAGCCAUUCACUAGCUGAAUUUUUAAAUUUAGAGUUAAAUAAUAAAGAAAAAGAUUCUGAGAAUUCUCAAAUAAAAAAAAUAAAUAGUAUAAAUAAUGAAAAAAAUAAACAAAAACAAAUAAAAGAUGAUUUAUCAAUGAAUAAAAUUUCAUUACCUAUAAAUCCACUAAAUAAUUGUAAAUAUGCAACUACAUAUAAAAAUAGUUAUAUUGAACAAUUGAAUCUUAAUGGAUAUGAUGUAAUUAUGUUAGAUAUAGAAGGUCAUGGAUUUUCUCAAGGUGUAAGAUAUAAUAUUGAGAAUUUAGAUAACUGUUCUUAUUCUAUCAUUCAAAUGCUUCAAAUGGAGAUAAUUAGAUAUAAUAAUUUAGAUAGUAAUCUUGAGAGUACAAGUGAAAAUUAUGACAAAUUUGAUAUUGUAUCUUUUACUUGGAAUACUAAUACUAAUGAUACAAAUAAUUUAUAUAAAGGUGAAUAUAUAUCAAAUUUAACAAAUAUGACAAAUUCUAAAAAUUAUAUACCCUUAAAUAAUAGGAUUUGUUGUCAUUGUAACUCAAGAAAUUGUUUAAUUGAGAGGACAUUUGGUGAAGAAUUUAUUCUUUGUGGGAUAUCAAUGGGUGGUGCAUUAGUUUUGAGGAUAUUUGAAAUAAUAGGGGAAACUUUAGGAGAAUCCUCAUCCUCAUUUUUAUCAUGUUUUUCAUCACGAAUAUGUUGUGGUAUUUUAUUAUCACCAAUGUUAAGUCUUGAGAAGGUUCAAAAGAAAUUUUCAAAUAGAUUAUUAUUACCUUUAUUACCAUUGGCUAGUUAUUUUUUGCCAAAUUUACAAGUUGGAUCUCAUAAUUCUAAUCCAGUUUGUGAACAUAUAUUUUCAUUUUCUAGAGAUGAUCCACUAACAUAUAAUAAGAGAGUAAAAGCUUUAAUGUGUAGGACAUUGUUAGAAUUUGUGAAAUUAGUAAAAGCAAAGUUGUGUUUUUAUCCACUACACAUACCUUUACUUAUAUGCCACUGUGUACAUGAUUCAUUAACUGAUUUUGAUGGGAGCAGAAAUACAAUAAAUACUCUACAGAGUAUGUAUAAGGAAUAUACUGAUGAGAAUUUUUCUAAUAAUAGAGGAUUAUCAAUGAAUGAUAUAAAGAUACAAAAAUCUAACUUUGCAUUAUGGCCAAUAACUUCUAAUAAUAUGUGGCAUGUAUUAACAAGAGAAGUAGGAUAUUUUGAUUUACUUCAAGAUAUAUUAUCUUGGAUAACAAGUAAAUCUACAAGAUCGAAUACUAGAUUAAAUAAAUUGAAUAUUGACAAUACAAAUAAUAUUUGUGAUUCGCUUUAUAAUACACCUUCAACUGGAAUAACUAGUGACUAG